AUGAAAGAACGGGAGGCCAAGAUCGACCAGUGGAGGGCCAAGUGCAUCCAGGAGGUGGAGGAGAAGAACCGGGAACGAGAACUUAAGGCUGCCGCAGACAGUGUCUUAUCUGAAGUACGGAAGAAACAAGCAGACACAAAGAGGAUGGUGGACAUCCUGCGUGCAUUAGAAAAGCUUCGGAAACUGAGAAAAGAGGCUGCUGGCAGGAAAGGUGUUUGUCCACCCCCCUCAGCAGAUGAAGCAUUUGAAAAUCAGGUGGAGAGUCUCAAAACGUUGCUCAAAAAUCGCACAGAGCUGUAUGAAGCUGAAGAGAGAGCAUUAAGAGUUAUGUUGGAGGGAGAACAGGAGGAGGAAAGGAAGAGAGAAAUGGAAAAGAAACAGAAGAAGGAAAGGGAAAAACUGCUACAGCAGAAACUUGAAAUUGAUUCCAAGCUGUUUGGGGAUCCAGAUGAAUUUCCUCUAGCCCAUCUAUUGCAGCCCUUCAGAGAAUAUUACUUACAAGCUGAGCAUUCUGUAGCAGCUCUAAUCCAGAUCAGGCAUGAAUGGGAUCAGUACUUGGUGCCAGCUGAUCACCCUGAAGGAAGCUGCAUCCCUCCAGGAUGGGUUCUUCCGAGUGUCCCCACAAAUGACACUUGGGCCACUGCUGUCAGAUAAUUUAGUAAUAAAUUAUUCUAACGUUGGAGGAAUGUUUCAUUAUAAUUGCGUGUGUACCUGUGAGAGGGUCCGAAGAGGAAGUCUCCUCCUCUGUUUCGGUAGCCAGGUACUGGAAUGUCUUGAAGAAAAGUGUAAGAACUGUUCUUGCCAUCUGACUCCGCAGGGAAAUACCUGUGCAAGCCCAAAGCUGCUAGGCCUCUCGUGGCGGAAUCACAAUCCCGCUGCGAGUUUUUGUUAACAAAUCUCAGUAAAGAAACAUUGCUGGCAAGGGUAUUUGUGCCAGUAUUAACAUCCUGGUUUUAGUGGCUUUUAUCUUUAUAAGCCUAAAUCCAGAUGAUGAAAUCUCCAGAAAUAAAGAAGUUUAAAAAAAGAGAGAGAUCAUUAGUAAACAUGUUUUUCUUCUUAAAUGAAGCAUGUCAAGCAUCACUGUCAAAAUAGUUCCUGUAUUUUUGUGUGUAGAAACGAACCUAUUACAAGUUUAAACAUUCUGAAGUACAAACAAGACAGGGUUUUUCAAGGUUGAUUAAAGCAGCUGUUGACAUUUUAUGUUUGUGGACUAAAACUGGUACCACAACAUGGAAAAAAUUCUCAGUUGUGGUGAAAUAGGUCAGACAGCCAUGUGAAUAUAUAUAAAUUCGAUGAAUAAGCCUGCUGGAAAAAAAACAAUAAAAUCUGAAGUCUAACCUACUGUAAUUGGUUUUGCCUAUAUAGCUAUUUUUGUAUAGGGACAGAUGAUGUAUAUAAUAUUUGAUUAAAAAACACAGCUCU